CUUCUGCAUUUAAAGACAACGACGCAUCAUGCUGAAGAGAGGGAGGAAGGCCCAACUUUACACCAAAACCCCAGAUGGAGGUUGGGGAUGGAUGGUUGUGUUUCAUUUUUUCCUGGUAAAUGUGUUUGUGAUGGGGAUGACCAAGACUUUUGCAAUUUUCUUUGUGGUUUUUCAAGAAGAAUUUGAAGGCACCUCAGAGAAAAUUGGCUGGAUUGGAUCCAUCAUGUCAUCACUUCGUUUUUCUGCAGGUCCCCUGGUUGCCAUUAUUUGUGACAUAAUUGGAGAGAAAACUGCCUCCAUUCUUGGGGCUUUCCUUGUUGCUGGUGGAUAUCUGAUCAGCAGCCAGGCCACAGGCAUUCCCUUUCUUUGUGUGACUAUGGGACUUUUACCUGGUUUGGGUUCUGCUUUCCUGUACCAAGUAGCUGCAGUUGUAACUACCAAAUACUUCAAAAAACGAUUAGCUCUUUCUACAGCUAUUGCCCGUUCUGGGAUGGGACUGACAUUCCUGUUGGCACCUUUUACAAAAGUCCUGAUAGAUCUAUAUGACUGGACAGGUGCCCUUAUAUUAUUUGGAGCUAUCACAUUGAAUUUGGUGCCUUCUAGUAUGCUCUUAAGACCCAUCCAGAUCAAAAGUGAGAGCAAUUCCGAUAUUAAAGAUAAAGGGAGCAGUUUGUCUGCAAGUGCUUCAGAGGCAGUGUGUGGGACAGAAGCAUCAUCCUGCCAUGAGAUACAAGAGUCUACCACCUGGGACAGCACUAUGCAGAAGGCUGGACAACCCAAAACAAGGUUAACAGUCUCACAAAGUCAAAAUGAAGAGUGUAACAAUGGGCCCAACAGAAACAGAUUGCUCCUAACAACUAAGGAAGAAAGUUACAAGAAAAAGGCUAUUUCGUGGAGCUGUAAACAAAACCUCUUUGAUAUUUCUCCUUUUAAGAAUCCUUUCUUUUACAUAUUUACCUGGUCUUUUCUCCUCAGUCAGUUGGCAUAUUUCAUCCCUACCUUUCACCUGGUAGCCAGAGCCAAAACCCUGGGGAUUGACAUCAUGAAUGCCUCCUACCUCGUUUCUAUAGCUGGUAUCAUUGAGGCAGUCAGUCAGAUUAUCUCUGGAUGGGUUGCUGAUCAAAACUGGAUGAAGAAGUAUCAUUACCACAAGUCUUACCUCAUCCUCUGUGGCAUCACUAACCUGCUUGCUCCUUUAGCCACCACAUUUCCACUACUUAUGACCUAUACCAUCUUCUUUGCCAUUUUCUCUGGUGGUUACCUGGCAUUGAUACUUCCUGUACUGGUUGAUCUGUCUGGGAAUUCUAUGGUACACAGGUCUUUGGGAUUUGCCAGUUUCUUUGCUGGGAUGGCUGUCCUUGCUGGACCACCUAUAGCAGACUGCAACAUUGUGCUAAGCAUCUUGAUGAAGAGAGAAACUUCAGGAAAGCCCUUGCUCCUGUAAGUCAUUCCUCUGUGAAAUGACAAAGAGGAUUUCAUAAAAGCCAUUAGAUUUGUUCCUAACUUCUGACUCCAGGAGCAACUACCAAAGAAACAUCAGAAAUUUUGAUUUACAGAUUCACUCAGUUCUCAAGAGGUAUGGCAGUUACAUUAUUGUCUUGAGCUUUAACUAAAUCGAAAGGCUUACUGGUUCUAAAAUAUUAAAUUCUCAACCAAUUGGAGAUCUUCAAAACUGUAUGAGAUUCUCAUUUUUUACUUACCUAGAUCUGUUAUUACCAAAUUGCAAAAGUUGAAAUUCCUAUAAAAGAUUAUAGGCAUUUUAAAUUAGGAAUCUAGCAAACAGUAAAACUUUUCACAAUAAUCCUCACUCAAAACACUAGUUAAAAAUGGUAACAUUGAUUACAUGAACAAUAUUUUUCUCCUUCCUGUAUGGAAAUGAAAAAGAAAAACAAGUUAGUCUUAUAUAGCAUAUUUUAAUAAUUCAAGGAAAGAAAAAAAAAAGCAUAGGAAAUCCAUAGGAAUCAUAUAAGUGAGUUUUUAAAAAAUAUACUUUUUUUCUUUUAAAAAAUGUAAAUAGAGUAUAUGGGCAAGAAAAUUAUUUACACACCUUUUUCAACUGUGAAUAUGAUAAGAAAUAUAUAUAGUAGUAACAAGAUUUUUUUAUCAGAUCUUUGCUGAUUGAAAUGGAUAAAAGUUAAAAAUUACCCUCCCACAUACACACCUCCUCCACAAGCCACGGCCCUGCCACUCCACUCCACAGCCCCUUCUAUUCCCUUCCAAUAGUCAGUGACACAUGCAAUUUUAGUUAGUAAUAUGGCCUGCUUCAGACUAGGUCAGUUUUAGGGUUGUUAUAGGUUUCCUGAUCUUGGGCGUCAGUAGACCUACGUGUAGGCCAAUUGUCAUCGCUCAUCCAAACCCAACUGCUAUUUUUUGCUGGUAGAUGGCAUCCAGAACUACAUGCUGGCACCAAGAUGGAAGCCUUGGAAGGUUGUGAAAAAUAAAAAUUAUUGAUAUUUAGAAACCUUACUAUAUUUCUAGUAGACCCCUGUUAACAAAAGUAAACCUGCAGAAAGCAAUAGAAAUAGAAAAAUAGCACCUCAGUCAAAAAAAGUAAGUAUACAAUCAUAUUCUCCAACAUACAGGUCAGAUAGCUGUAAGCUACUUAUGUGAAAUUCCCAAUCCUGUAUCCAAGGCAUUUGUCAUGUGAGCUCAAAAUGCUAAAGGCUCAAUUUCAUUU